CGUGACCUUUAUACUCGUGCACGUUGCUUGGCAGCAUGGCUUCUUCGGCUAAAAAGCGUGCGGUAGGAAUAGGUGUGAAUCCCGAAGACAGGGAAGAUGAGAGCUCGGAUGAAGGAUCUCAGGACGACAGUGAUUCGGGGGAGGAGGACGACGACUCCGAUGAAGAGAUCAAUGAGGAGGUGACUGUAGAUUUUGAGGCGCACACCAUUUCAGACAACGAUUUCAAUGGGAUAAAGAAACUGCUGCAACAGCUCUUCUUGAAAGCUCAUAUAAAUACGUCGGAUUUAGCUGACAUGAUUAUCCAGCAGAACCACAUUGGAAGCGUUAUCAGGCAAGCAGAGGUGCCGGAGGACAGUGAUGAUGAGGAUCCAGACGAAGUCUUUGGGUUUAUCAGCCUGUUGAACCUCACCGAGAGAAAGGGUGUUCAGUGUGUGGAGCAGGUGAAAGACCUGGUUCUCAGCCAGUGUGAGAAGUGCUGUCCGCACAGCGUGGCAGAGCAGCUGGAGGAGAUGCUGAACGACACCAGCAAGCCGGUGGGGCUCCUCCUGAGCGAGAGGUUCAUCAACGUGCCCCCUCAGAUCGCCCUGCCCCUGCACAAGCAGCUCCAGGAGGAAAUCGCAGAGGCGCAGAGGACCAACAAGCCGAGCGGGAAGUGCCACUACUGCCUCAUGAUCAGUAAGACCUGCAAGGAGGCCAAGAAGAGCAACUCCGGCCGGGGAGCACCCCAGAAGGAGGAGCUGAUGUUUGCCAAUGCCGAGGAGGAGUUCUUCUAUGAGGAAGCCACAGUGAAGUUCAACUACUCAGUCCAAGAGGAGGCCGACUCCUGCCUGACUGGACGGUGGUCCUUUGACGACGUCCCGAUGAAGCCGUACCGCACAGUGAUGCUGAUCCCAAUGGACAGGAUGGACACAAUCAUGGACAAACUCAAAGAAUACCUGACCGUGUGAGGCUAAAGCAAACGCACGCAGAGUCUGCCUCACGCGUGGGCUUUGGGAUCUUUUUGUACCCCGAGUCAAGCGGGUAGCUUGGGAAGACUGCAAAUUGGAGGGGCAGGGUGGAACGGGUAUGGGUGGGGCAGUAUACAUUCAUACUAAGGGAUAUAGAGCUUUAUCCUUAGUGUCCAUAAAGCUUUUUUAAAAUACAAAGAUUUUUCCACUCUUAAACAAUAUUUUUCUCAAUGUGUAUGAAAGAAAUCGGAGUAACACUUAAAAAUCAGGUAACAUUAAAGAUGAUGCAUUAUGGCGGUUAGAUGGAAUACCUCCCUGGGAAAUGCAUACUGUAACCACUCCUUGGAUGAGUCCUGUAGAAACAUUUGUAUUCAGAAUGAAGAACUUAAAUGACAUGUAUCUGUAUAUAAAAGUAUAUGGAUUGUGUUAUUAAAAUAAGCUUGUGG